AUGGCAAUCAGAUAUCUGAAUCAUCCCUUUGCCAUGCAGUAUGACCAUCCAGGGAGUAUGGGCAUCAUAAAAGCAGACAUCCUAAGGUCCUACACCAGACGUUGCAUAAUGCCACUUUUUGGACUGAAAGGAGGAGAAGGCCAUGAAAUGGCAAUAAAUCUUGAUGAGAUCAAUAAAAGCAAGGCUGGCAAUGAGAUUGAGGUGAAGUAUGAGGACCAAGUUGAAUUUAUUGAAAUCCAUGAUGAGCUUGAAGAGGAUGGAGUUAUUGAGGUUGAGGAUGGAGAGGAAGAAGAUGAGUAUAACACUGGGUCAAAUGCAAGCGGAAUGUAA